AAACACAGAAUGAGAGUCAUCUGCUAUGGUGUGUCGCGAUUUACCACACCUAAGCAUGUGUUACCUCGCCAGGCCCAAAUCAUGUGUUACCUGGUCACAUACCUCUCUGGACACACCCAAAUUCAAUUACGUAUGCUUGUUACCUGAACAACGCCCAGAUCAAUUCAAAACACAAAACCAUCUUAUCUGACCAUUUUGAUGUUACGAAGAGAAGCACUUGUAUUUCUUUCUACUUCAAAACACUUGCAAAAAAUUUUGAAAGAAUGUGUAUUUUGGCAGAGGCGAUUAGUUUCUGAACUCUGUGCUGCAAUGGCAAGACUUGAAACAACUCCUCUUUUGGCAGUCCGUCGAGUAUGACUUUAUUUUUCCCCGCUCGCGGACGUCCAUCUUGUAGGGUUGAGCGCUUUGCAUGACGCUUUAGUCUGGUUAUAAUAAUGGGUGAUAAGUCAAUGUGCGAAAAAAUGAGCACGUGGGGGAGCCACCCGGUCCCCUCACAUGUUAUCACUCCCGACCGACAAUUUUCAAUAAUAAGAGCAAGAAGAUUAAGUGGACUGUUUUAACUCUGUGUUUCGGAAAGUCGCAACCCCGGAAACGAAAUAAAAAAUAAUGACUUCUUACAUGUUUAGCAUGUCAAAUUCCUAAAAGCAACUAAUUUUAGAAUACGCCAGGACGGAUAUGAACUUUGUUCUCCUGGUGAGUGGGUUUAGAAUUGACUCCUUCCCCGAAGAAACUCAUUCUACGUGGAAUUUUUACUGGUUCACAAUCACCAUUAAAAACGAUCCAAAAUUCCAGUUCACUUGCUGCUUAAACUCGGGUAAUGUGAAGUUUUUGUCUGUAAAUGUACUUCCUAUGUGUUGGUGUACUCCGGAAAUGCUGACAGUUCAGCUUAAUCUAGAAAAUUCUGAGUCUUUCAGCACAUACUAAAAUGUCACACUGGAAACCAAUAACAUUUCAAAUCGUAAACGAAUUUGAGCUUAUGGUAUGUAAACAGUAGAAAUCUUGGCACAUUACAGCGUAGAUUCGUCAUCUCGUCAUCUUGUGAUUUCAAUAUCACCUAACCAGAUAAAGCAGAAUUACAGAUUGUUCAAAUCAUCGACCGAAAUGGCCGCCGUUCAAAAGCAGACAUUGCCUUCGUUUUCUUCCAUCAUUUCUGUUUUGUCUAUUGUGUUUUACUGCGCUUGGUUUAUAAGGGUAGAACUGGAGAUGAACGAGCAGAAGAACAGAAUAAACGCUCUUGAAAACGUUGCAGAAGCCAAGCCGAAGUCAAACGACGCAGACAUGAAAAUCAAGAACGCUCCUGAAAUUCAAAACCUCUAUAGAAACAGACGUCAAGCUGUAUCAACUAAGAACACGACGGAAGCGAAAGACACUGCGGAAACCACCACCAAAAUCAGCAAGCAUCUUUUAUCACAAUGGAGAGCACACCUGUGUCAAUCUAAGAGUGUCAUGUGCUCAUCAGGUCCGCCAGGCCCUCCCGGUCCAUCUGGAAAAAAAGGAGCCCGGGGACGAAGAGGACAGAAAGGAAGAACUGGAAACAAGGGAGAUCAAGGCAUUAUGGGAUCGCCAGGAAAGAGCGGUAAGCAAGGCAUUAUGGGACCUGCGGGGUUAAAGGGAGAGCCUGGAACCAAAGGCGAGAAAGGAGACACAGGACCCACAGGCAUGCCGGGAAGGAAAGGCGAGCCCGGUGAAUCGAUAUCAUCUCCUGCUGUUGUUGUGUCUCCGGUGACGUUGAGAGUGAACGAAGGUGGAUCAGCCUCGUUUCAGUGUUUAGCCAGCGGUAAUCCUGAGCCUGCAGUAGCGUGGAGUAAACUGAACAAUCAGUCAGAAAUCAUUCAGUCAGCGGUUUCAGGAGGAAAGUUGCAAUUAAAGCACGUGACCGGAAGUGAUGCAGGAUUGUAUCAGUGUUCAGCAACAAACAUCCUGGGGAAUUCACGGGAAGUAGUGCGAUUAACAGUAAACGAAACUGAGGAGCAAUUGCCGAAGCGUGAUCACAAAAAGGCACUCUUGACGGACAUGAAAUCUCAAAUUGAUAGUAUUUGA